AUUGAACGUUUCGAGUGCCACGGGAAAUCCCCGAAUCACAUUGUCCGAUACGUUUGAUUCGGUACACAAAGUUCGUCGUUGGUUCAUCGACAUCCCAGCCGGUUCUAGUGCUGGAGUAAUCCGAUUGGCACGUUUGGACGAAAACGAUGUGGCUUGCGAAUUCAAAGUUAGCAUUUGCAUGCCACAACCACGAAGUGGUCUCACUACUGGGCAACAAGAAACAACUUGGCCCUUGAUCACUCUGAAUCGAUGCGGACGUGGUACGAUUUCUUCCGGACGGCCGCGCUCAGGAGGACGACGUAUGGCGGACGAUUUUGAUGGCGCUGUCCAACUGGCCUUCGCUAUCCCGUGGGAGGCUGACUAUUUAGAAUUGACCAUCGCACAACAUUGGGGACUGGAACCUCCGGCCACUGUGAUUGGAGAGUUGUAUUUCCGUGGUUUGGAGCCCAACGGACCUCAUCUAUUCAUGGUAUUACCCAGUGAAUCUCGGAUUUUUUAUCUGGGUCACGGACAGGAUGAAGUUUUGGUCAACAACUGUGGAUGCUACACUCUUCGGUUAGUGUAUCGUUUCACCUGUCCCUUCAAAUCUGCGGUUUCCCAUUUCGAGCUCCCGUGGCUACAAGAACUGUUGUACGACAGUGACUAUUUGGUACAGUUGUAUAACUUAUACGAUUGGCGUGGACGUUUUAUCGGUUCCGGAGACUACGACCUGAAACGUCAGAAAAAGCAAAAAUUCGCAUUCACUUUGGAACGGGGAGAUUAUAAAGUUGUUGUCCAAAUCUGUCACGAACAAGGAACCAGACUCAGUUCGGCACAUGGGAAACUCGGUUCUCGCGGUCGUGAGGGUACAAACCCAUCUGAGCCGCCGUUGGACAAGUCUUCUCCAACAAUGGUCGCAAAUGGACCUGAACCUCCUGGCCCCUUAGAACGUUUGCGAAAUCACCCAGCCCUAGUUCGUUUUCGUCUCCCCGUUGGAGCAGGUGCUGCCGAUAGGGCAUCCACUCCGUCCGGGAAUCCGGUCUCUUUCGAAUUCGCCGCGUUUGCUUUUUCGCUCGGUUUGAACGGAUCCAAACCAUGUUCUGCUUUAGAUCCUAUUCCUUAUAGAAGACCUGGAAACGAGGUGCCUAGCGUGCAAGCCUUUGACCACAAUUCGGAUUGUAUUCAGACAGAAAAGCGUGGUGAACUAAAUCGCCGAUGUCCCUGUCUUCCGACGAAUCUGGCUGCAAAAGAAUCGACUAGCAUUUUUGUCGGUAUAUGUGAUGAGCGGUACGUGGUGCUGUUUUUAGUCUCUGUUACAACCUUUGCGGUUAGCGUAUCCUAA